GACAUUGCUAUGUGGAAUUUGGAAGCGGCUCCGCCCAACAUGAUGUUGGUGAUGCCGGACGAUCCGGCCAACCUGCUAAUCAUGCCUGGGCGCGAGUCGGUUGAGCUGGUGUUGUCCCAUCCUUCCAAGAUCAUCGACACAGCAGUUGUGGAGGACUCCGAGGGCCCUGCCAUUAUCGUCGGCUGCGACGAUGGCGCGCUGUAUGCUUGGGAUUUGUCCGGCCACGACAAGGGACAGAUUUACGCAGAAAUGCGCUCGCUGUCUCCCAUGGAGGUCUUUUUGCCUCCGUUGCUGCUGGUGGUGAGUGCAUUGCAGAUGGUGUCCUUUGCAUUCGGCCCUGCCAUUCCGUGGAAGGAGACAGUGAAGCAGCCCGCAACGGUGACCCAUUCAGUGAUGAUGUUGGACUUCAAAUUCACGGUCAAGAUCGACAAGGCCAUGAUCUUCUGGCCGGAGAUGAUCGGCAUCAUCCUCUUCAUCUUGCUGUUCUUGUUCUCGGCCUUCUCGGGAUUGCCUUCCGCCGCGGAUGCAACGUGCCGAAGCAUCCAGAAUUCUGCGGGCUUCAAGGUUGAGAUGGAGAACGGGGCAGG